AACCGGUUAGCGUACGGAUCAGCAUUUGUACGCCAGCUAGCACCAAGUGAACAAGUGUAAUUUUUUCGCUCUCAGCACGGCACAGUAAAAGCAAUAAAAACCUCUACAAUGAAAUACCUAGCAGUGGGAGUCAUUCUAGCCGCUUUAAGCUUCCAAGCAAUCGACGCCCUGAAGUGUAUGCAAGGCAUUGAAGCCAAGAAGAACAACGGCGGCAAUGAAGCUCAGAAAAAUGACAAACCACUGGAAAUCACCGAAUGUGGUGCGGCCACUGCAGUCGCCUCGACCGCUCUCCUGGCUUUGGUCAAACCGAGCAGCUUCAAUAUUCCUUCAGGGGGCUACAAGUGCUACCACCUGAAAUACCAAGAGAAGAACUCGGAAAGUUCGACCAUCAUCAAGGGCUGUAUCUACAGCUCACUGAACGUCUGCGAUGGCAAGUUUUCCUCCAGCAACAUCAACGAAGUGUUCUGCAGUCAGUGCGAUGAGGAUGGUUGCAAUUCAGGGGGCCGCUUUGGUUUCGAUGUAAAAUUGCUGGGCUUAACACUAGCGGCCUUAAUUGCCUACUUGCUACAGUAGGCAGAUGCUGAACCAAGCAAAAGUGAUUCAUCUUAACAUCUACUAUUAGUGCUCUCGCUCGAAACGCUUUAGUGUGCGUGUUUCUUAUUUUAAAACAGUUGCUAUGCAUAACGUCAUUUAAUUCCGAUACCAAAAAAUAACAAAAAAACGAAACAAAGAUACUACAAAUAGUUCAAAACAUAACCCAAGUGCUUAAACAGAAACAACAAUCUCGCAGGAGACGACCGAGGCCAAAGAAGUUUUCGUUUUAUGGAAAAUCAAUACGGCUUCGCAGCGAAAAAAUCAGCAACGACGACACACACAACAAGAACAGUGAAUCUCGUUUCAUUUUACACUCAGUCUCAGGAUCUGAUGCUAACCAUUUAUUAAAGUAUAAGCCGUGCGUGGCUGCUUUAGUGAAUAUUUUCCACGUAUGAAAGCUACGCGGAUGCGGAACAAAUUUUUUUUUCUACUGAUCGUUUGAAUUGAAUUAGCGUAUAAUAAAGAUAAUCGUCCAACCGAAAUAGUAUGGCUCGUAGUGACACGCACAAAAAACAAGGCAGGAAAAAAAAAGAAACACUGAUAAAUUGUGCCACUUUGUCAUUUGAGGCUUUUUCACAAAUUGUAAUGAUGUUGUUGUUGGUCGAAAAAUAAAUGAUAGCGUCUAGGGAGAAAGAAAAAUAUAUUCAAAAUCGAUGAAG